AUGUCCAAUCAGCACUACGACCCUUCAGCUGAUCUUGCCGCUCGAAUGGGUGGAAUUGGGAUUGACGGUGAUGCCAAUUAUCCUUCACCUCAACAACCCAAUUCUCACAAUCAAAGUCCCGUCAACACCACACACAGCUAUGCAAACAUCCAAACUCCGACUUCUCGAGUUCCACCUUCUCAGCCUUACUCCCCUUAUGGCGAUCAACAAGGAUACCCUUACUAUCCUGGUACGGCUACUACAGGGGGAUUAGGGGUAGGAGUAGGAUUAGAUGCCACGUAUGCGGCUACAGCAGGACUCGCUGGAAAUCCCAAUGCCACUUAUGGCUUCGUACCUCCUACACCUGAUCUUAUGAGUCUGCCUACAUCUCAAAUCUCUUCAGCUGGUUACGAAGGUAAUUUCCCUGCUCCUAACGAAAUCUAUGGGAAUCAACAAGAUCUUAGACAAGGUCUUACCGCCACUCAACAGAACCCUCACAGUACUUCACCGCUCAUCCCUCGAGCAACAAGACAAAACGCUCGUCCGCCACCCGGCCAAUCUGCUUACUCGACGCUCCAACAACAUGCCAACGCUGCUGCAGUCGCUGCUGGAUACUACGGCUACCAAGAUCCUAGAUCUUACUGGAUCGGUCAAAACCCCAACAUGUUCAUGCAACAGGGUAACAAUAGAAAGAAGGAUCAUCAGAACAACUCCUAUAGUACCAGAAACCAGACUCUCUAUUCGGUUCGAACCACUCAACGAGAUGCUAACAACUCCCAUUUCGGUUACAACGACGGUAUAACACCUACGAGAGGAGCUUUCACCUCGCAUUCAGGAUCUUCACCUUAUUCCUUGCGACAACAUGGCUCAAACAACGCUUAUCAACUCUCUCAAAGCCAAGGAUAUGGUGGUAUGACUGGUUGUUCCCAUCAAGGAUAUCAAGGCGCAGCCAACUUCGUUCUGAGAUCGAAGAGACUUGAAGACCCCAGUGUUGUCAGAAGUGCUUUGCUGGAGGAUUUCAGACUGAACAAGAUCAGAAAGUGGGAACUGAACGACAUCUUCGGUCACAUAGCGGAAUUCUCCGGGGAUCAACACGGAUCAAGAUUCAUCCAGCAAAAGCUUGAAAUUGCUACUCUCGAAGAUCGACAAAGACUGUUCGACGAGAUCAUGCCAAACGCUUAUCAACUCAUGACUGAUGUAUUUGGUAAUUACGUCACUCAGAAAUUGUUCGAACAUGGUGAUCAAAAACAAAAAGCUGCUUUGGCCAAAAAGAUGGAAGGUCAUGUGUUGGCUUUGUCUAUGCAAAUGUAUGGAUGUAGGGUCGUCCAAAAAGCUCUGGAGCAUGUUCUGGUAGAUCAACGAAAGACCCUUGUCGCUGAGCUGGAGGGUCAUGUUCUCGAAUGUGUGAGAUCCAGCAAUGCCAAUCAUGUCAUUCAGCGACUCAUCAUUCUUGGACCGCCACAAACCGUGCCCGAUGCAUUCAUUGGUCAUAUCGAAGAACUCGCCAAACAUCCUUACGGUUGUCGAGUUAUUCAAAAGAUGUUCGAGAACCUGGACGAGGACAUGAAGAGGACUUUGUUGGAUGAGAUGCAUGAACAUACGCUUGAUCUCAUGGAAGACCAGUUCGGAAACUACGUCGUACAAAGUGUCAUCACGGUCGGUGCUCCAGCAGAUAGAGACAAAGUCAUAGAAGUGAUCAAAGGAAAAGUGCUUUCUUUGGCUCGACACAAGUUCGCCUCCAAUGUGGUCGAGAAAGCUAUCCUCAAUGCUAGUAAGGACGAUCAAAGGCUGCUCGUUGAUGAACUUGUCGGUGUCAAGGAAGAUGGCUCCAACCAAGUUGGCAUGCUCUUACGAGAUGCUUUUGGUAAUUUCCCCUUGCAGACUGCAUUGGUAGCUGCAUCUCCUGAACACCGACAAGAGUUACUGGACUUGAUCAAUCCCAUCUUACCUCAAAUUCGAAAUACUCCUGUAGGCAAACGAUUGGAGAACCGAAUCAAUGACUUUGGCCAUGAAGACACGGAUACCAAAUCUCAUUCGGCUGAUACUUCCACUUCGACUUCAGCUAACACCAGUGAUACCGAGACUACACCUGGUGGACUCACCAUGUCACGAUCUACCUCUGAAGAGACCGGUCCCUCGUCUCCCCCUGAGAUCAGACAUGGGUUAAGAGCGAAAUCAACUACACCCAAGAUCGGUCAUGGGAAUGGGAAUGAUGUUGGGGUUGGGAAUGGUAAGAAGGAAGCCAAGACUUUGGAAGAUCUCUUGAAGUGA